AUCAGGCGCCUCGGUUGAGUCGAGCCAAUGGGAUUCCUUGGAGGUGAUGUCAUGGCUGGGGAUGAGGGGAUGCUGGCUGCCUCUCGGAGCAUCUUUGGGAGAGGCUGGCUGCAAAGCGGGCACCAAGGCCAGGCUUAGCAAGGGUUUGCAAGUGAGCUAUUUCUAUCUGGACUUCACCCACUUGGAGCCCAUCCCAGAAUAGACAGCAUCAUGACGCUGGCAGCCUACAAAGAGAAAAUGAAGGAGCUCCCCCUGGUGUCGCUCUUCUGUUCCUGCUUCCUCUCCGACCCGUUAAACAAACCAUCCUAUAAAUAUGAGGUCGACACAGUAGACCUCACCUGGUGCGUGAUUUCCGACAUGGAGGUGAUUGAGCUCAACAAGCGCACCUCCGGGCAGUCCUUCGAGGUGAUCCUGAAGCCCCCCUCCUUCGACGGCAUCCCCGAAUUCAACGCCUCUUUGCCCCGAAGGAGGGACCCCUCGCUGGAGGAGAUCCAGAAGAAGCUGGAAGCAGCCGAGGAACGCCGUAAGUACCAGGAGGCAGAGCUCUUGAAGCACCUGGCAGAGAAGCGGGAGCACGAACGGGAGGUCAUCCAGAAGGCCAUCGAGGAGAACAACAACUUCAUCAAGACGGCCAAAGCAAGACUGUGGCAGAAAAUGGAGUCCAACAAGGAGAACCGGGAAGCCCAUCUAGCAGCCAUGUUGGAACGUCUGCAGGAAAAGGACAAACACGCCGAGGAAGUGCGGAAGAACAAGGAGCUCAAAGAAGAGGCUUCCAGGUAAAGGGACCGGCCACAGUUCGGACUAAAAGCUGCAAGGGAGGAAUGGCGUGCCUCGGGCGGCAGUCGCGGCGACAGCUGUCUCAAGUGCGGAAAAACAAAAUUGAUGAAUCGGGAUUGUCCGCUGCUUUCGUUGUUUGUGAAUGUGGAAAACAAAAAAAAAUGAGAGUGAAACCAUCUUGUGUGUUUCAGGGAGGGAGGGGGACGUAAGGCUGGGAAGAGAAAAUCUAUGGGUUUUUGGGGGGAGGACUUUGGGAACCUGGGUCCGGACAGGUUUCCUUUUCGUGCAAAAACCAAAACUGGUGGUGUUUUGCAAUGGAACGCAACAUGGUUUUGGGGGUGCGGAUGGUGGAAGUGGGGGGCUUUGAGGCUGGGUGGGGGGCAAAGAGGAAAGUGGCAUAAGGAACAAUUGGUCAUGGUUUUGGGAGGGGGCCCAGAAAGGGAAGCCAAGCCACUGCUGGGGUGAAUGUCGUCUCGUGUCUUUUGCUAUUUUGAUGUUGGUCAUGGGUGCGAAAAGAGCAUUCUCGUCUUUCUUUCAUUUAAGGGUCCGUCCACACUGGAAUGAAUGCAGUUCGAUAUCACUUUAACUGUCAUCACUCAAUGCAAUGGAAUCAUGGCAUUUGUAGUUUGGUGAGGCACCAGCAUGCCUUUGCAGAGAAGGUUUGCAAAACUACAACUCAUAGAAUUGAAUAGCAUUGAGUCAUGGCCAUUCAAGUAAUGUCAUCUGUAUUCAUUGUGUGACAUAGAGGCCAUCCAUACUGCAGAAUUAUAGCAGUUUUGACACCAUUGUCACUUCCAUGACAGGUUUUUUGUAUUCUCCACCAAAGUGUGCAAUGACCUUGCCAAACUAUAGCUCCCAGGAUGCCAUUGCAUUGAGCCAUGGCGGUUAGAGUGUGCAUCUAUGCAGUAGAAUGAAUGAUUGCCACGUGAACUGCCGUUGUUUAAUGUGAUGGAAUCAUGGGGAUUGUAGUUUGACAAGGUCUUGAGCCUUCUUUGGAACAGAGUGCUGGUGCCUCACCAAACUACAACUCCCAGGACAUCAUCGCAUUGAGUCAUGGCAGUUCAAGUGGUGUCGACAUCUAUGAAUUCUGCAGUGUUGAUGCACCUUGUUUCUUCAUAUUGUCUCUUAACUCUAAGCCUGGCAUCACUUUACAGAAAGUUGCUGUAGAGGUGAAUAAUAAUAAUAAUAAUAACAACAACAACAAUAAUAAUAAUAAUAUCCACUAUGUUUGCCAGAGAUGCCCUGUUGUUUGAGCAUCCCACAUCCAGCCUUUGCAUUCUUCUAUCCCCAUAAUAACCUGAGUCCAUGUGGGAAGCUCAAUAAUUCUUUGUUUAUCCAAUAAGUUUUCUUGCUUUCUGGGAAAUGUACAAUUUAUUCUAUGUUGUAUCAAGUCAUGUUCUUGCAAAGCCAACUGGAGCUGCAGCAGGACAUCCUUUUGGAAGAGGUGCCCAUAGAGUUACCCACCAAUAAAAUGAAAUACAUUUUUGGCACAUACUCCCAAACUCGGAUCACGAGGACUGACUUCUUAAGUAUGGCAGCAUUCAAUUUUAAAGCUGGAAGGGGGUCCCCAAAGGUCAUCUAGUCCAACCCCAUUCUGCCUUGUGAGUGACCCUGUUGGAUCACAGAGUUGGAGGGGACCACAAAGGCCAUCUAGUCCAACCCCAUUCUGCCUUGUGAAUGGUACUGUUGGAUCACAGGGUUGCAAGGGACCGCAAAGGCCAUCUAGUUCAACCCUACUCUGCUUAAGAGGAAAACAUAACCAAAGCAUUCUGGAGAGAUGAAACUACUCAAAGGCUGGAGAAUUAUGCAAUAUGGAUGGACUAGAUGGCCUUUGGAGUGCCUUCUCAGCUAUAUGACUGGGGAACUGGGAAAGCUGUUGUCAACAAAAGGAACUUUCCCAAGCUCUGAUGUAGGAUACACCUACAUUGUAGAAAUAAUGCAACUUAAUACUGUUUUAACUGCCACUGGAGUUGUAGUUUCACAAGGUCUUCAACUUUCUCUGCCAAUAGAGGAUAGGUGCCUACCCAAACUACAACUUCCAAGAUUCCAAAGAACUGAGCCAUGGUAGUUAAAGUGGUAUCAAACUGCAUUCAGUCUACAGUGUAAAUGUACCCCAAUGCAAAAAAAAAAAAAAUUAAAAUGCUUGUCUCACAUUAAUUGAUUAGUUACUACGGAGAAUUUAAAAAAUACAACUUGGAAGCAAGAAAUUCUGUAUUGUCUGCAGACGCCUGAUGUUUGUCUCUCUGGUAUCGGGAUGCGGCAUUUAUAGAAUCUGUUCUAUGGGGGAAAAGACUGAAAAGGGGAUGGUAUGGAGGUGGGUUGUGGCUCCCAGUUCUCCUCCUUCUCGACAUGAACUUGUGGCCAAUGAGAAGGAGAUCAGGGUCGGGAGGGGGAAAAGGAACUUUUGUAACUCUUCCGGCUGUAGCAAGGACCUCUUCUUUUGUACACAAUGGUUGUAAAUAAAACUGCCGACAUUCCUUUUC